AUGAUAGGGGUCAGUGGUUACAAUGGUACUGGAGCAAGGGACGUCGUGGUAUUAGAGGAUAGUGGUUACAAUGAUACUGGAGCAAGUGGCGUCGUGGUUUUACGGGAAAGUUGUUUCAAUGGUACAGGAGCACGGAGCGUCGUGGUAUUAGGGAAAUGUGGUUACAAUUGUACUGGAGAACGUGGCGCUGUGUUAUUAGGGGAUAGAGGUUACAAUGGUACUGGAACACUGGGUGUCGUGGUAUUAAGGGACAGUGGUUACAAUGGUACUGGAAAACGGGACAUCGUGAUAUUAUCGGACAGUAGUUACAAUGGUACUGGAGAACGGGGCCUCGUGGUAUUAGGGGACAGUGGUUACAAUGGUACUGGAACAAGGGGCGUCGUGGUAUUUGGGGACAGUGGUUACAAUGGGGAUAGUGGUUACAAUGGUACUGGAGCAAGGGUCGUAGUGGUAUUAGGGAACAGUGGUUACAAUGGUACUCGAACACAUGGCGUCGUGGUAUUAGGGGACAGUGGUUACAAUGGUACUCGAGCACAUGGCAUCGUGCUAUUAGCGGACAGCGGUUACAAUAGUACUGAAGAACGGGGCGUCUUGGUACUAGGUGACAGUGGUCACAAUGUUACUCGAGCACAUGGCAUCGUGCUAUUAGCGGACAGUGGUUACAAUAGUACUGAAGAACGGGGCGUCUUGGUACUAGGGGAUAGUGGUAACAAUGGUACUGAAGAACGGGGCGUCGUGGUAUUAGGGGAAAUUGGUUACAAUGGUACUGAAGAACGGGGCGUCUUGGUAUUAGGGGACAGUGGUUACAAUGGUACUGGAGAUCGAUUUGUCGUGGUAUUAGGGGACAGUGGUUACAAUGAUACUGGAACACUUGGUGUCGUGGUAUUAGGGGACAGUCUUUACAAUGGUACUGGCAAACGGAGCGUCGUGGUAAAAGUGGACAGUGGUUACAAUGUUACUCGAACAAAGGGCGUCGUGGUAUUAGGGGACAGUGGUUACAAUGGUACUGGAGUACGGGACGGGGUGGUAUUAGGGGUCAGUGGUUACAAUGGUACGGGAGAACGGGGCGCUGUGGUAUUAGGGGAUAGUGGUUACAAUGGUACUGGAGAACGUUGUGACGUGGUAUUAGUUGACAGUGGUUACAAUGGUACUGGAGAACGGGGCGUCGUGGUAUUAGUGGACAGUGGUUACAAUGGUACUGGAGAACGGGUCGUCGUGGUAUUAGGAGAAAAUGGUUACAAUGAUAUUAGACUAUAG